UCAGUCAUAAACUUCAAGAACCGCGUAAUGUACUCAGUUUUGUUGGUUACCUUACUUUUACUUAGUAAUUUCCUUUAUCCACUCGAAGCUGUUAUCGAAGAAUAUUUGAAUCCAGCAGUAAAUCCAUGUGAAGACUUUUAUCAAUACGCCUGUGGCAAUUGGAAUGCAGUUAAUCCGAAUGUGAACUCCAGUGAUACGCUUAGCCUCCUCGAUGCCAGCAUUAAUGACAAAGUUAGGAAACUUCUGGAAUCCGAUGACCAGCACCAGGAGCACCCGGGAAUUCUGGAGAAAGUCCAGACAUUUUAUAAGUCUUGCAAGAGUUUAAAGGUUAACGAUAUGAGCUUGUUCUUGGAUAUUGUGAAACCUAAGAGCGGUUGGGCUGUUUCCAGUUCUUGGGAUGAAUCUAAAUUUGACUGGGUUUCAGCUAUCGCUGAAUUGAAAAAAUACGGUGCUAAUAUAUUUCUGAAGCAGGCUAUUAUACCACGCUGGAAUAACUCAAAUUUGAGUAUAAUUUAUCUGGACACAGUCAAGUUCCAGCCUAGCUCGAAGGAGUCCCUACAAUCAAUUCUUCAGAGAGCUUCACUCAACACUUCCCUGGCCGAUGAAUUCACUUUGUUCGAAAAGGAGCUUUCUCCGAUUUUUCCAAAUCCUUAUGCAUACGACUAUGACGAUAAUACGCUAGAACGUUCGUUUGAUUAUGUUGAAAAACGUGUGCCCCAGAUAAAUUGGCAGAAGUAUUUUUCAACAAUUUUUGGACAAGAACUCGACCUCAACACACCGAUGAUGGUUGACCACCUUGAUGUAAUGAGUAAACUGGUUCAGCAUUUGCAGACAACUCCACCCAGAACAUUGUCCAAUUACAUAAUGAUCAAAUUCCUUCAGUUCCUUGACGAAUACAGCAUCGAGUACAUUAAUCCCGUCGAGUGUGUACGGGUAGUUCAUCAAGCAAUGCCUCUGGCAGUGGACCACAUUAUCGAGAAUCACUUUUACGAUCACGAACACGAUCAGGUAGUACUAGACCUACUCAAUUAUUUGAAGAUCGAGUUUUUAGCUGAAGUCUCGAAGCUUUAUGAAAGUCAGAAGGACGUGCUAUUGUUCAUCUACACCAAGGUAUCUGUUAUGGAUGUCCAAAUCGGCAACUCCGAUAGGAAUAUGACUCUUGAUGCUGUGGCGCAAUAUUAUCAAAGUCUUGAAAUCAAGGAAGACAAUUUUUAUUCAAACCUUCUAAGGGCCUUUAAAUUUAAGGUCAACAAGGAGCUGCAAUGGCUGAGGGGUGAACCAAAUGUUAUUGCUUAUCAUUGGAGCGUGACUCCUAGUCCUUUCAUUUUGCAACCAAAAAAUAGAAUUAUUGUCCCGUUGACUCUUCUCCAGGAUAGAAUUUUCGGCAACGAUACAGCAACCGAUAAAUACAGUGUUCUCGGAUUCAUUAUUGGCCAUGAACUUCUUCACGGCUUCGACUUGUAUGGAAUCAACUAUGAUUAUAAUGGUUCGAUGGUUGAAAGUGCGUUAACAUGCAAUCCAAGUUAUUUUGAACAAAUUAAAUGCGUCGAUGAGUUGGAGGACGUAAGGAUUGUGGAGAAAAUUUCGGAUAUUGGUGGAAUACGUUUAGCUUAUGAUGCCUUCCAGCGAUCUUUAAUCCAGAAUGGAAGGAGUAUUAUGGAUAAUGGGGGAACAACAAAUGCCAGGUCAUUGGGACAGUCCUUUUUUAUUGAUUUCGCACAAUUUUUCUGUGGAAAAUUGGAGAAUGAUAAAUCAACAAAGUCACAAGGUUUGGUUGUUCAUGCGAGCGACGAGAUGAGAUUAAAAUGGUCGAUAGCGAAUUUCGACAAAUUUGGAAAUUUUUUUAACUGUCCUCUGGGAAGUGCUAUGAAUCCAGAAAAGAAGUGUAGAGUUUGGUAGAUGCUUUUUUUAUAUUGCA